AGACGCACGUAGCUGACAAAGUUUCUGUUUAGUUUCCGUACUUGGGAUAAUUUAUCAAUCUGCUGCAAAAGUAACCAACAUAGAUUUGAAGAAGAAAACAUCAAAACCUUGAGAUCCAUGUCUCGAGAGAGGAUCAAACGUGAAUUACCUCCCGUUCAAGAGCAUAUUGAUAAAUUGCGGAAAGUGGUAGAGGAAGGCAAUUACUAUGGAGCUUUGCAGAUGUAUAAAUCUAUCAGUGCAAGAUAUGUCACGGCUCAGAGAUUCUCUGAAGCUCUUGAUAUCCUCUUUUCAGGGGCUUGCAUUGAACUAGAACACGGCCUGGUGAAUUGUGGGGCGGACCUUGCUAUUUUGUUUGUCGAUACACUAGUUAAAGCCAAGUCUCCUUGCAACGAUGAAGCUCUUGAUCGUAUCAGGUGUAUUUUCAAAUUGUUUCCUCGGGUUCCUGUACCACCUCAUUUGGUAGAUGUGAGUGACGAUGAAGAUGUCCAAAAUCUUCAAGAAUCUCUUGGGGAAGCCAGAUCACGAGUAGAAAACUUGACUUCGUUCUUGAGAGCUGCUAUAAAAUGGUCUGCAGAGUUUGGAGGCCCACGUACUGGCUAUCCUGAGUUGCAUGCUAUGCUGGGUGAUUAUCUCUACACCGAGUGUCCUGAACUUGAUAUGGUCCGGAUAUCCCGACAUUUUGUUAGAGCUGAGGACCCUGAGAAGUUUGCAUCUAUGCUGGUCAACUUUAUGGGAAGGUGUUAUCCCGGAGAAGAUGACCUCGCAAUUGCAAGAGCAGUUCUCAUGUACUUAUCUAUGGGUAACAUGAAAGAUGCAAACUUUAUGAUGGAUGAGAUUAAGAAACAAGCGGAGACAAAAUAUCCCGAGCUUUCAGAAUCAGACCUUAUCCAAUUUAUCUCAUAUCUUCUGGAAACGUUGCAGAGGGAUGCGUUGCCUCUUUUCAAUAUGUUAAGAGUAAAAUAUAAGUCAAGCAUAGAUAGAGAUCAGCUGCUUAACGAGUUGCUGGACGAGAUUGCAGAGAGGUUUUACGGUGUGCAGCGUAAGAAUCCUUUGCAAGGAAUGUUUGGAGACAUCUUCAAGAUGAUGGGCUGAGGAAGGAGUUUGAAGAAACAAGAAUACUUUUUUUGUUGUCCUUUUUGAUUUGUAUUUGGCAAUGUACUUAAUAAUGGAUAGCUCUGGAGAAUUCUCCAGAUCAUAAGUUAUUUCUCUUUUCCUCAAGUGGGUGAAAGAGUUUUGUUCUUUGUAACAUUUUACAUUUGUUUGUCUUUACUAUAUUAAUUCAGGAUAUAUAAAAAUUAAACUUCAAUU